AUGGUCAAGAAGUUUAAAUCCCUGUCGAAUCUACUCGCCAGCACAGAGGUCCAAUCUUACACUAAGCGCCGACACGGGUGUCGGUGGCUCAAUGCGCAUAAUCAAAGCAUUCUAGAGGAAAGCAAUGAGAGAAAAAUGGGAAGAGAAUGCCAAACAUCGCUCAAAUGCGUUCCAGAAGCAGCAGCCAUGUCAUCUGGAUGGGCAUUACCAACAUACAACUGGCUGAGUCUUCCUGGAACGAAAAUGAACGCCAAGAAAGACCACGACAACGUUUGA